AUGCUGUCCAUUUUGCGCAAGGCGAGGCUCAAGGAUAAGGAGCUCCGGAUCCUCAUGCUUGGCCUUGACAAUGCGGGAAAGACCACAAUUGUAAAGAAGGUUAUGAACGAAGAUGUCAAUACGGUCAGCCCCACACUCGGCUUCAUUAUCAAGACCAUCGACUAUGACGGGUAUAAGCUCAACAUUUGGGAUGUGGGUGGCCAGAAAACCCUCCGGUCAUAUUGGCGAAAUUAUUUCGAAAAGACAGAUGCCUUGAUUUGGGUUGUUGACGCUACGGAUCGGCUGCGCAUUGACGAUUGCAGAGAAGAGCUGCAUGGGCUUCUUCAAGAGGAGCGGCUUUCAGGGGCAAGUCUGCUGGUGUUUGCGAAUAAGACCGACGUCACAGGAUGUAUGGCAGGCGAAGAGAUGCGGAAGGCUCUGCGGCUUGACGAAAUCCGCACGCAUAGGUGGAACAUUCUCCGGUGCAGUGCGAUGACUGGGGAGAACCUUAAAGAAGGAUUGGCCUGGGUUGUGGAAGACGCCAAGGCCCGCCUCUUUCUUUAUUGA